AUGACCAGUAUGAUAACAAAAACGUUGAUAGGAUGCAAAAUGUUAUUUUUAACUGCUAUAGUGGUAUCCGCCUAUAGUAUGCAGUAUCCACUAUCCACUCCUUUACUGUCGUAUAUCAGCCGGGCGUAGACUGUACCCUCUUACUACUCCGUACCCGUAGUUCGUCACUGUAGCAUACCUCCUACUUAUUACAUUGUACAUACCAUAAAAUUAAUUAUUUGAAUAUUUUAUAUGAUAAUCAUAGACACUCGAUUUCAAUUACUUACUUAAUUGUCAUUUAGACCUCAGUCAAUGUAAUUGUCAUCAGUCUGACGGUUAACUUUCUAUACCGUAUGUCAACUACCUAGAUUUAAAUUACAAUGGGAGUGACAAAUUUACAGAUAAUUUUUGACAAUCCUACAGCUGUAUUUAUGCCUGGCCAAUCUAUAACUGGACGAGUAUUAGUAACUACCAGUAGUUCUGUAAAAAUAAGAAGUAUUAAAUUGAAAUUUCGAGGAGAAGCCGUAGUUUCAUGGACAGAACAAGAAUCUCGUAGAAGCGAUAAUGGUGAAACUGAAAACUACUCUGUCAAAUAUGAUGCUGAAGAAGAAUAUUUUGAAAAUAAAAUGACUUUGGUUGGAGGUGGAGGAGAAUCAAAAUUAGAAGAAGGUGAACAGGUUUAUCCAUUUAAUAUUUCUUUACCUCAUCAGUUACCAUCAACAUUUAAUGGUGAGCAUGGACAUGUUCGUUACACAGCAAAAGUUAAAAUUGAUAUUCCAUGGGGCAAGGAUAAAGAAACAGAAAAAAUAUUUCAAAUUAUUUCUCCAUUAAAUUUAAAUGAUGAACCAUCAUUAGCUGAACCCAUAAAAGAAGAAAAAGAAAAGUUUUAUUGUUGUUGUUGCUGUGAGUCUGGUCCGACAACAUUGGUAGUCUGUAUUCCUUAUAAGGGUUUUGUACCUGGGCAAAUUAUACCUCUUACUAUUGAACUGGAUAACAAUAGUAAUGUAACAAUUGAUGCUGUUAAAAUUAAAUUGAAACGAGAUUUAACAUUUAAAGCAAAACAUCCAAGUGAAAAAACAAACUUUAGUUCAUCUGAGCUUGCAGUUUUACGUUUACAAGGUAUUGAAGCUCAUGCUUCAAAAACAUGGACAGAGCAAAUGAUGAUUCCUAAUAGUUUGAUGUUUUCUAAUUUAAAGUAUUGUGGAAUUAUAACAGACCAAUAUGUUUUAAAUGUAGAAGCUGUUGCUGGGGGUAUGUAUGAAAACACUGUUGCUAAUGUGAAAAUUUCAAUGGGUAAUAUUCCACUAACUAUUGCUCAAGAUGCUCCUCAAUUUAAUAAUCCAAUUCUACCACUUGACCAAAAUAAUCCGUCAAAUAAUCAAUUUAUUACAAAUCCUACCUAUCCUAUGGAUUUACCUGCACCUGUUCCUGGGUUUGCACAGCAAGUUCCACCAUAUAGUCAACCCCCUUUUGUUCCUUAUCCACAGCAAACCAUGAAUACAGCACAAAUCUCUGGUCAGCCAUCGUUGUAUCCUCCAACACAAGUGUAUAACCAACCUCAGUUACCUUAUCCAGAUGUGAAUUUACAACAACCGGCAUUUAAUCCAUCUUAUCAAAAUUUGAAUACUCCAGAAGUAACUCCUUCUGCCCCUUCUCUUUAAUCUUGCAUCCUAGAUAAUCUGGAUUAAGUUUACAUUUUGAUUAUUGAAGGUUUGUUAAUAAUUUAUCAGGUAUUUAAAUAAGUUUUCUAGAGAUUGAAAAGUAUUUA